AUGGCUUGUGAGAAGAGCAAAAUACUAAUAGUAGGAGCAACAGGUUAUCUUGGGGAAUACAUGGUGAAGGCAAGCCUUUCCCUGGGUCAUCCUACUUUUGCUUAUGUUCGUCCCAUUCAUACUUCAACUCACCUCUCCAAGCUCCACCAUCUUCAAUCUCUGGGCCUUACCCUAUUUCAAGGGGAGUUAGAUCAGAAGGAGAAGCUAGUCUCUUGUCUUCAACAGGUUGAUGUUGUCAUUUCCACGCUCGCUGUUCCUCAGCAUCUGGAGCAACUCAAGAUAAUCCAGGCCAUCAAACAAGCCGGCAAUAUUAAGAGAUUUGUUCCCUCAGAAUAUGGAAGUGAAGUGGAUAGAGUAAAGGGGCUUCCACCAUUCGAGGCCCUUCUUGAAAACAAGAGGAAGAUAAGAAGGGCAACAGAAGAAGCAAGAAUCUCCUACACUUAUGUCUCUGCCAACUCUUUUGCAGCCUACUUCCUCAGUUAUCUGCUUCACCCACAUGACCUCAAACUCCAACACCUUCUUGUUUAUGGCACUGGUGAAGCUAAGGCUGUGUUGAAUUAUGAGGAAGAUGUGGCAUUUUACACUAUGAAAGCAGCAACAGAUGAAAGAGCAGAAAAUCGAGUGGUUAUCAUUAGACCUGAAGGGAACAUCAUUUCCCAGUUGGAGUUGAUAACUUUAUGGGAGAAUAGGACAAAUCGUGCCUUUAAACGGGAACAUAUAACUAAGCAGGAAAUGGUGAAGCUAUGUGAAACACUAGAUUUUCCAGACAAUAUAGCAAUGGCUAUACUUCACAACGUAUUCGUGAAAGGGACAGAAACGAUGUUUGAAUUGAGUGCUCAAGAUGUAGAGGCUUCACAGUUAUAUCCUAACUACAAAUACACCAAAGUUAAUGCCCUCCUUGAUGCCUGCUUCAACAAUCCCCUACUAGGGGGCUAUCGGCUAAAUUUGCAUGACCAAUUUGCGUCUCUCUUUUUCCUUUUUUUUCCCCAAAGAAGUAUUCGUUUGGUUACUUAG